AUGGGCGUCCACGCCGACCAUGACGCAAGAAAAAUUUACUGUGGUUUGCAAAGGAGAGGGACGACUGAUGAGAGGCAGAGGGCAAAAACGCCACAUAUUUGUGUACGUGGAAGCAGGCAUACAGUACAACCAACUCCAUGCCCAUUCGCCAACCUCACCAACGAUCCUGUUUCCAGGACCAUCUUGGCACAGAAGAAAGAGAUUGCUUGGCCCCCAGAGAGGAGAAUCAAUUCAAAAACUACUACUUUUAAUGGUUGUUUUUUAACAAAACCCAUCCGCAUUAGCCCCGUGAAUGGAAUGAAGCCUAAAAAGUAUGAUUUAACUUUAUACG